AUCAAGAUCAAGAUGUGCCGCGGCACGCUUAAUGUAGACAAAAGCAAACGCCGCCGGUCCCGCGCCAACCAAUCUCUGUAUCUUCAUCUUGACCUGAUAGACAGUUAUCCGUGUGCCAAGGAAGGCAGUCGUGCGUGGGGAGUGUUGAUGCAUCUGUGUAUGGCCAAGGUGUGAGCAGCAGCAUGGAGCACAUGCAGGACCCACAAGAAGCAAGCUAUGACUCUUCACCACCACUCUUCACUAAUGAGUCAAAAAAUACAAAUACUUUCGGACUCAAAUCUGUAAGUGAAUUAGCUGAGGAACAAAAGCAGAAAUCUCAGACUGAGGAAGGAGAGAAUAACCAGACCAAGAAGAAACCAGCCAAGAAAACAAGGAGGCCGGGGCAGUGUGAUGUGUGUGGCAAGUGGUUCUCACAGUGGCACAACAUGACGCGUCACCGUGCCACCCACACCAAGGAAAAACCAAUAGUGAAAAAAAAAAACAAGCAGAAGAAUAAACAAAAGCCAGCACAAUGUGACGUGUGUGGCAAGGAAUUCACACAGGGGAACAACAUGAAGCGCCACCGUGCCGUCCAUGCCGAGAAGUCCCACCAGUGUCGCGAGUGUGGCAAGCUGUUCUCCCAACCCUGCUACCUCAAGGAACACCUCCUCACCCACUCCAAGGUCAAGACGCAUCACUGCUCGGAGUGCUCCUCCUCCUUCCUCACCAAGACUGCACUCACUCGACACAUGAGGAGCCACACCACCAAGAGGAGCUACAAGUGUCACGCCUGCCCCAUGACCUUCCAGCGUAAGGACAUGCUCAAUGAACACCUGCUGUCCCACGGCAGACAGACCCACGAGUGCGAGGAGUGUGGGAAGGAGUUUGCCCUGGAGAAGUACCUCAACAAGCACAUGCUAGUGCACACGGACGUCAGGCUGUACCCGUGCAGCACCUGUGAGAAGGAAUUCCUGCACAAGUGUGACUUGAAUCGGCACAAUUUGAUACACACGGGAACAAGGUCCUUUGCUUGUGACAUGUGUGGGGAGAAUUUCAUCCUCAAGUGUAACCUGAAGAAACACAUUCUGCUUCACCUCAGUGAGAAAAGUCAGACUUGUGGGGAGUGUGGCAAGACCUUCUCAAGUUCCCGGGGACUCACGCUGCACCUCAAGAUGCACAAGGAACACUGAGUCACAAAACUAAGGACCACAGUUGCAAAAAUCCAAUGUCUUAUUCAUUUUACUUAUUUAUGAGGCUCCACUCAUCAACUCGUGAUGCUCUUCAGUAAAUACUCACAAGAACAUAAGAUAAGGGAAGUUGCAAGAAACCAUCAGGCCUACAUAUGGUACUCUCAGUUUGAAACAUACCUACCUCUUUCCACCUAUCAUCACCAUCUAUAUAUUUCUCUAAUCUUCUUUUUAAAGUUCCUUAGGGACUCAACACAAACAACCUGAUUACCAAGUACAUUUCAUAUUUUUUUUUAAAUCUAAUGCUUUUAUGCCUGAACCUAUUAUUUCUUUUUCUAUCUUGAUUACUGGUCCUGAGAAUUUUUAUUUUACUUACAUUAUCCUUUUUAUAUCCCCUAUACUAUUCACAGACUAAUGGAAGUUCUCAGUUUUCAAGGUUGCUUUCGUGAUUCUAGUGGUACUUAAACGAGGAUUCUGCAUCUUAAAAGGAAAAAAAAUCAGUGAAAACCAAAUUUAUCAUCCCUGUGAUAUUUUGGAAACAGUCUUAAUGAAAGUCAGGUGGAGGCAUUGCAGGCAGGCUCACCUCACACCUCACACUGCUUGUCAUUUUUACCCAAUAGUCACAUCACAAUUAAUUCAACAGGUGCUACACUUCAAUUGGAAUUCCAACACAUAAGAGUAAUGCUUUCACUCGCAGUAUAUUGAAAAAUUUACAUACAUUCGAGGCUAAUCAGAUUUUUAAUUACAGAACAUAAUUUUGCCAAACUGUUUAUGUAUUCAUGUACCAGUAGUGUUGUCAAAUGAAAGGGUGCACUGAUUUGCAUCCUCAGUGUUACUCAUUCCAUUGCAGUGAGACCCUACAGCCGCUCAGUGUGUGUCUGCCUCUACGGUGCGUCAGGAUCCUGGUGGGUCACUGUACAAUCAGGCAGUGUGGGGGUCAGGUCACAGUUAGGUAGCAUGGGGUCAAAGUCAACCUAUUUUAAGUUCAGUUUGUUCCUCAUAGGCAGCUUUUUUGUAACCAUUAUCAGUUUAUUUUUAGUGUAUUUCUGUUUUCUUAAUAGUUUUGUCAUCACUUAUUGCAGCUACAAAUGACAGUCAGUAUUUUAAGUUAUUAAUAUAUACCUGACCAAUGAUAUUUAUACUUUUUUACUUCAAUAAUAAAAUGUGUUUUGUUACAGUGAAA